CAGUUGCGCGUUUCCGCCCCCCACAUUGCCGCUUGGGGCGCAUACCGUCGGGUGACAUGGCGGACAGGGCGGAGGGGCCAUUCGAGGAGGACAUGGCCUGCCCAAGGGACCAUGUUGUGUGGACUAGGGUGACUCCUGGGCGGAUGCUGCCAGGCAAUUCUCGUGGGGUGAGAAGACUCCGCUGCAAGCUCUGCAACAAGGAGUACAAAGGGAACAGGCAGUGUGCGGCAGAGCACUUCAUCCUGGCGAGGGUGUCGGUCAGAUGUCUGGGUGCGAACCUCUCCAUUUGGAAGAGGCUGCACCGCAUCGGUGCAAAGCUUCCACCGGAUCUGCUGGAGAGGGUGCGGAUGGUGUUGGAGCACGAAAGGGACGACGACGACGACGACAUUCCUGACGCGUCAGGUGCUGGAGAGGAGGGGGGAGGUGGGAUUGCUGAUCAGCUAGAGGAAGUAUGUGGUGCGGAGGGUGAGGAGGGAUUGAAUGAGGGGACGAGGGGAGUUGUGACUGGAGGAUCCGCCGGUGGAGGGAGGCCUGCGUCCUCGCAGGCUGUGAUGCAGGGGGCCCUCACACGCAGAACGGGGAGGCAGACGAGCAUCAAGAGGUAUGUGAAGAACCCAAGGCAGGAGGAGAUAGAUGACUCCUGCUGCAAGUUCUUCAUGGAGAACGCGAUCCCGUUCAACGCCGCGAAGAGCAGGAGCUUCAAGAAGUUCACGCAGGCGUGUUAUGGGCCACAGCCUGCAGCGAGUCAUCCUCUUGUGCCUACUGGGUACAACCCCCUCAGGUGUCGGCUCCUGGAUCGCCUGAACAAGAGGUUGGAGGAAGAGGAGCAAGUGAUCCGGGACGACUGGGAGGUGACGGGCUGCACGUUCAUAACCGAUGGGACCACGGACAUCUGUGGUCAAUCGCUUAUGAACUACAUCCUCGCAGGCCGGUCGAAGCCUGUUUUCAUCAAGUGCGAGGAUGUCAGUGAGGGGGACAAGGAUUCCGCAGCUGUCGUAGCUGGAUGGAAGCGGUUCUUCAGGGAGGUGGGGGUGGAAAAGAUCACGGCCAUCUACACGGACUCUUUUGCGGGCAACACGAGUGCUGUCUGGAUGUUGAGGGAGGACCCCGAGUUCAGCCAGAUCUAUAAGUUGCCUUGCACCGCUCACUGCAUGGACCUCCUCCUGCACGACAUUUGCAAGAAGGAGUGGGCAGCUGAGAUCAUCAGCAAGGCGAACAGAGUGGUGAACUUCUUCCGGGUUCACAGGUGGCCCAGAUCGGCAUUGAGAACUCCACUUGUCAAGUUCCCGGACUUGAAAUGCAGUUGUCUCCUCCGACCGGAGCAGACGAGAUUUGGGACGCACUACGACAAUGCGGUGCUGUGGUGGGAGGCGCAUGGGGCGGGGCAUCCAGAGAUUUGUGAGCUGGCCAUCAGAGUGUUGUCGAUAUGGACGACUUCCUCUCCUGCUGAGAGGAACUGGAGCACUUGGCCUCUCGUGCAGACGAAGUGCAGGAACAAGCUGCACCACGAGCGCACCAACAAGUUGGUGUACUCGCACUGGAGCUUGAGGCUGAAGAGCAGGGGGGAAGACGGGCCCACGAUAGCAGGAGGGUGGCUGGGGCUCUCAGCUGACUGGGAGGACGAGGACCUGGAGGGAGACAUGGCGAAUGUCACCGAGGCCGUUGACGACCACGAGCCUGCUAUCGGGGGCGCCGGUUCUGCGGUGGGCAGCACCACUAUUCGCCACGAUCGAGCCGGCCCAUCGACAUCGAGGUCUGUGCAGAGAUUGGGGCAUGCAGAGGAGGUCGACGAGGAGGAGGAGGACGAGGACAUCAAAGACGAGAACGAGGAGGAGGAGGAGGAGGAGGAGCAGCACAUUCCAGGGGAGGAGUGGGUGGACGAGAGGUCAGACUCCGACAGGUCUUGGACGAGGAGAGAGGACGCCCCGACUGCGUUCCAAGCCUUGAAAGAGGUUUUGGUGAGUCAUCCUGUGCUCCGCAUUGCGGAUCCCAACCUCACGUUCGUAGUUACUACGGACGCGAGCCAGUUUGGGAUUGGUGCAGUGCUGCAACAAGAUGAUGGCGAUGGCCGGCGUCCGCUUGAGUACUACAGCAAACGCAUGCCCAGCCACAAGGUAGCCACUUCCACAUACAUGCGAGAGCUYUACGCCUUGCGCGAGGCGCUCACGCAUUGGAAGCACUACCUCUUGGGUCGCCACUUCAAGGUCUAUUCAGAUCACCAGACCUUGCAGUGGAUUAAGACACAAACUGAUCUUUCUUCUACGCUGACCCGCUGGUUGCAUGAUAUUGAUGUUUUCAACUUUGAUUUGAAGCAUAAGAAAGGCUGCUAUAAUCGCGUUGCUAAUGCUCUAUCCCGCCAUCCCGAGUACUUGACUUGCCUGGUGGAUUCAUACGACCUCCGCACGCAACUGAAGGAGGAUCUCGCCGAACACACCGCCAAGGACCCGGACCUGAGUCCUAUCCUUGAGCAGCUCAAGGCUGACCCUAACAACCAGCCUGAUUUUCAUGAAUGCGAUGGUCUUGUAUUCCGCCGGUAUGGGAAAUUCGAUCGCUUGUGUGUUCCUAACCAUGCACCUCUCCAGACUCAUUUCUUGGAUCUGGCACAUGGUCGGAGUGGACACUUUGGCUUUGAGAAGACUUACGCAAGUCUUCUCCAACAGUUUGACUGGCCGGGGAUGAAGGGAUCUGCUCAGAAGUUCAUUGCUGAAUGUCAAGUCUGUCAAAGAAUUAAGGUCCACAGGCAUAAGCCUUAUGGCCUCCUGAGACCCCUCCCAAUCCCUGAUGGUCCCGSGGAAUCRGUCUCUAUCRAUUUCACGGACAUGGGAAAGCUAGACGAGGCCGCUGUCUUGGGGACGGAGGUGGAGACGGAGAAUGGACCCGCCGAAGAGGCAUCUGCAAUGGUUGGUCCAAUGUCGUACGCGUCCGCCGACUGGUCCUUUGUCGUAGCUGAUCCAACCAUAAAUGUAAUGAUGGUGAUGAUGAUGUUGAGGUUGAUGACGAUGAUGCUGGAAGCGACGGCGACUGCGAUAGUGGUGUUGAAGGUGGUGGGGAGAGUGGUGGUGAUAGGGCAGGGGGCAGUCGUGGUGAUGAUGAUGGCGGUGGUGGUGGCAGAGGUGGUAAUGGCGGCGAUGGCAGCGUUGGAACUGCCACCGUAUUCGUAGGAUGAUGGCCCUCCUCCCUUGCAGCCACUUCGGCCAAAUUUGUUGCGAUUGGUCCGGUCUCCUGUCGGGUUGGCGCAUUCUCAUUAGCAUUUGGAAUUUCAGUUGUGGAGGGCUGAUGUUGGUCAGGCUGCGGGAUGUUUCCUAUUGCGUGCGGUUGUGCAAAAGACCUGCGAACAAAAUUUGCAUUCGGGA